AAAAAUCCGCUUCACUCGCCUCCUUUCUCCUCCUCCGUCCUCGUCCUGGUCUCGCGGACUCGCUCCCUCCUCCCCUCCGCCAUCGCCUCGCUCGCGCAGCAAUCCGCGACAAAUCCACCAGCCAAUCGCGGCAUCGCGCCCAUCCCUUCCCCUAUACUGCAAAUCCGCUUCCCCGAGAUGGAAUCCUGUCCUUCGGUGAAGAACAUUCUUGUGCUGGAUUCCGAAGGGAAGCGCGUGGCGGUGAAGUACUACAGCGAUGACUGGCCCUCUUUGUCCUCGAAGCAAGCUUUCGAGAAGUCGGUCUUUGCUAAAACCCAGAAAACGAGCGCUAGAACAGAAGCUGAGAUAGUAAUGUUUGACAGUUACUUCGUUGUAUACAAGUUCAUCCAAGAUCUACACUUUUUUGUAACUGGAGGUGAUGAAGAGAAUGAGCUCAUUUUAGCAUCUGUUCUUCAGGGCUUCUCUGAAGCUAUUGAUUACCUUCUCAGAAACAAAGUGCACAGAAGGGCUGCGCUUGAAAACUUGGAUCUUAUCUUCUUAUGCCUUGACGAAGUUGUUGAUGGAGGGAUUGUUCUGGAAACAGAUGCAAAGGCGAUUCUUGAAAAGGUAUCAGGUCAUGGAUUGGAAGGAUCCGGGUCUCUCACUGAGCAGAAGUUAAGCAGUGCCCUAGCAACGGCAAGAGAACACUUUGCGAGAUCUAUUUUCAGCUGAUGGCGUGUCAUCCUUCAGGUUGACGAUGAGCAAGCCUCAGAUAGUGUCUCUGUUAGCAGAUCAGUACUCCCAGUUUGCAAUGUCCUUUGAACAUUUGCCACGGGUUAGUGGUAGGUGCAGCUUAACUGGCGAUCAUUGUCAUCCUAAGAAGGUUGUGGUCGGCACACUUGUUACUCUUGUGGUUUCAUGUCGAUCUUGGCUGUAAUCGAGCACAGUAACCAUGUAGCAACAUGUUUCUGCUCAAAGACGAGCCAGUUUCCAAAUUGUCUUCAGUAUACAGCCGCCAUGUUUUGACGUAGUACUACAUACAUUUACUUCGGCCUGGUUUGGAAUUUGAAUGGUAUUCUUUAUAGCUAAGUUGCUUAA